GUAAUGUAAUUCAGUUGCCUUCAAAUAUUCGAUGGAAAAACAACAAAAUAAUAAAACAAAAAAAUAAUAUAAUGACUUCAAUAAUACAACCCGACUCUUUUGUUCCGCAGGCUCAGGGCGUCCAAGCAGCAAUACCAAUAUGGUUUAAGAUUGACUGGAGCCCAGAGAUUGAACAGAAGAUAUACAAGGACUGGGGAACGUACUACUGCCGCCGGCGCCGGGAAAAUCUUGGCAUACAUUACUUUAACAAAGCCCUCACUCUCGGACCUACAGACUUCACCACUCUAUAUCGCCGAAGUCAGACAAAAAGGAAAAAUGCCUUGACAGAAAGUGCUUUAAAGGAUUGUCGGGAUGCACAGCGAAUAUUAAAUAGUCUGCAACGUAAUGAUGCGCCGAUUAAUUUGGAAGUCUGCGAUGCCCUCUAUGAAUUGAAUCACUUUGAAAACUCCAAAGCCGAGCUUCACGACAAUGCUCGUCUGUUCACUGGUAACAAAACCAAAAUUUUUGAACGCCUUCUGGUUGUGGUGGACGAAAAUAUUCAAGAUGCGUGUGGUCCUUCGAUGACUCAGUUUAUAUCUGAAAAUGACAAACUUAUAGUGCAGAUAGCUGAAGAACUAAGAAGAUAUAAGAAAGAUACCAGGCCGCUUUGGAAAAUAUUGAAGGAACAAGAAAAAUGCGAUGUCCUUAGUAUCCCGGAAAUAGAAGAUGAAAUGCUUUCUCCCUUGGAAAUUGCAAGGCGAAAUCGUGCCUUCGAUGUAUUUAACCAAAUGUAUUUAGAUCGGUCUUGGCUAGAUAUGAUUUUUUUGAAACAUGUUCGAAAGAAUCCUACUCUGCUCUUGGAUCAGUGUAAAAAAAGCUAUGAGUUCUUACAGACCAUCACUACGAAGAAAUAUGACGAGCUCAAGGGUUUUUUGAAAAUGCUAGAAGCACGCAGCCCCAUGUACAAUAUCCGCUACCAGAAGUUCACUAACAAGAAGUUAAUGGACAAAUUUCGGCAGGAAUAUCUGUAUCGAGUUCAGUACCAAACCAGACGAAAUAUGAUCUCUGCUCUGCGCACUAUUCGCUAUCUUCGAAUAACUAAAAAUCUACCAAAACUGGCUAACUACGUGGAGGAAGUAAUGGGCGACUAUGUGGUCAAAAAAACCCACAGGAUUAUGCCCUGGAAGUUUGAGUUUUUGAACGAGGUAUACAACAUUUUGGCAUUAGCCUUUGUAGAUCAGUACACUGUUCCAAAGAACUUUCGAUUUGCGGAAAAGAACGCUCUGCUCCGCUUGCUUCGCUUUCCCAUGGACAAGUCAUUGGAGGUUAAGCCAUUCGUAUUUGGGGACCGUACCACGCAUCAGGGCUUGGAUACAGGCGAUCCGGCCAUGUCAAAGUCGCGUCAAAUAGUAAACCGAUUCGAGAAAAGGAUGGUUUUCGCAAAGUACCCUAUCGAAAGAUCCUACCUUCUUCAUCAGAUUGGCAGUGUGCAUCUGCAAUCUCAUAGAUUCGACGAAUGCUGUUUUAGUGCCCGAAAGUCUAUUGAAGAGGCCAUCAAGUGUAACAGCUAUAUCUGGCAGUUUCUCAGCUAUUUACUGAUAAUUAAAGCCAAUGCCGCUCUUCACAAGGUCGAACGAACCGGUGAAGCUCUAGAGAAGUUAAUAAAAGUUGCGGAUAAAUUGAUGGAAAAGGAUAUUCAACAAUUUGUAAAUGUUUGCAUAAGCUGUAACGAGGAGGAAUUUAAUUUCAAAAAGCAAAGUGUUAUGGCAAACAGCCGGCGUGAGAGUGAAAAAUCAGUUCGCAGUUCCCUGUCCUUACGUCAAAGCGAUUUUGAAGAUUGAUAAAAAGAUUUUAUAAAUUCUCAGUGAAAUAAAAAGAAUAAAACCAAAAUGGCUAUACCAAAAUAGGUGCCAUAAAAUAUU